AUGAGUGAAGCGCAGAGCAGUUCAUUAGAUCAAUUCGUAGAGGAAGCAUCACAGAGAAGUAAAAAUUGUCAUAAUUCUUGUGACAAAUCAAUCGUUCCAUUAGCAACAAAAUCAUCCUCAAUCAGUGAGGCUUUAUCAAUAACGCCAUCAUCAUCAUCAUCAUCAUCAUCAUCAUUAUCAAAUCAAUCAACUGAUAUCAGUGAUUAUGAUUCUUCUGCUGUGAUAUCAUCAGCAUUAUCAGCGUUAUCAGUUUCAACCGCCUCACUGAACAUCAAAUCUACAGUAAAUUCAAUAGCUCAACAACACUUCAAUAAAACUAUCAUAACAACAAUUGAUGGAAAAAAAAUUCCAACAGAGCUAUACAAAUCACAACAAAAAGCUCGUAGUAGUGCUACCAUCAUUCUGAAUAGAAAUAUUGCGAUUACAAUGGAUCGUAUAGAAUUUGCACAAAUUUCUCCAUACUUUCGUGCUGCAUUUUAUGGUGGUUUCUCAGAAACAAAAUCAAAAUUAUUAAGUUUUGAUAGGAGUAAGAGUGAAGGAUUUCUACAUUGUUGCGCUGUCCUUAAUCAACUAAUAAGUGAAAAUAAGUGGAAAAUGCCGAAUUUACAAUGGAUGAGUCUUCAAAAAGCAUUUGAGAUAUUAGACAUAACAUCCUACUUGCUAAUUGAUCCAUUGCUAACGCUUAUAUCAGACGUAAUUCUGUCCAAAGUCAAUGCUAAUUCGUUAGUUCUGGCAUAUCAUAAAGCAGAAAAUCGUCAUGUGCCAUUAGCACAAAAAUUAUGGAAAAUAAUUGUCCGUCAAUUUGAUCGACUUCUAGCAAAUAAUACUUUUCUUAGACUUUCCGAAGUGGAAAUCCUGAAGUUAUUGCAUGACAAACAUUUAAAUAUCAACAAAAAUGAAGAAACAGCAAUGGUUCGAAAAUGGAUUACGGCCAAUGAUUAUAAUAACGGAUGUGCGAUGCAAUUACGUGAAGCACUCCGUGGACGAAAUGAUGCUAUUGGCUUUAGCGAGAAUGAACCACGUCUACCAAAUUCAGUUUUACUUGCAAGUGGUGGUUGGUCUAAUAUAGGUCCAACAAUGCUCGUAGAAACUCUCGAUUGUCGUGCCCAAAGAUGGGUACGCUCGGAACUGAAACUUUUUGAAUUACCACGUGCUUAUCAUGCUGUCAUCAAUACUGGUGAACAUUUAUUUACAAUUGGUGGUUUCAAUGGUGCUGAAUAUUAUCGGUCAACAAAAAGAUUUAAUUUAAAUAAUCGUGAAUGUAUGGAAGUUGCACCAAUGUAUGAUCAACGAUGUUAUGUUGGAUGUGGUCUGCUGGAUCCGGAACGAAUCAUAGCAAUCGGUGGCUAUAACAAUCAUGAUCGUCUAAGAUCGGCUGAAAUUUUGCAUAUACCAAAGAAUCAAUGGCAUCGAAUUGCCGAAAUGAGUGUUCGAAGAAGUGAUGGCCACUGCGUGAUAAUGAAAAAUAUAGCAUAUGCAAUCGGUGGUUUUGACGGAAUGAAUUGUCACUCUAGCGUUGAAUAUUAUGAUCCACAACGUGAUCGAUGGUUUAUUAUGAGUAAUAAUAUGACAAGUCGACGGUCAGGUGUUGGUGCAGCUACUUUGGAAGGUGUUGUAUUCAUAUGUGGUGGUUUUGAUGGUACCAGUCGUCUACAGACAUGCGAAUUUAUAGAUACAAGAGAAGGAAAAUGGCAUCGUUUACGAUCAAUGAAUCGACCACGUUCAAAUUUUGGUAUAGAAGUAUUAAACAACCAAGUGGUUGUUGCUGGUGGUUAUGGUGGUAUGGUUGGUACCAUCGGUGAAACAGAAGCAUACGAUUUUCGUUCGAAUAACUGGAUUGAACUACCAACGAUGAGUUUACGACGUUCAGCUCUCUAUCUUACUCGAAUCGAGAAUCAUGACAUCAUCGAGGCAUUUGUUCGUCCAAGUUAUACUGCUACAUAA